AUGCUUGAAUUCCUGCCGCGUUCGCCUCUAGCCUUUUCUAUUGUUAUGGCUAUACAAAGCGAUCAUCGUGCAGCAUCUGAAGGAAUCCUAGCGAAUGUUUGGGCAAGCUACAUCGGAGAAGAUAAAGGAGACAAAGGAAUCAGUAAUAGUGAACAAGAAGUGUCUAAAUCGUGGCAGGAAUUGCCUAGUCUUGAUAGGAGAGACGUGUCAAUGGAGGUUCUACAAAGGCUACCAAGUCUAGGCAGGUGGAUAUCGAUGGGUGCUGAGACCUGGGAGGAACUUCUUGAUGGAAUAAUUCCUGAAAUUAACAAUAAAGACCAUGGGCGCAAUGAUAGCGCAGAAAACAAAGGCCCCAGCAGCCUAAGCUCCAAAGAGAAUACUGUGAAAGUAGAGACUGUGACUACCAGACACUACAGGGGAGUAAGGAGGCGGCCAUGGGGAAAGUAUGCAGCGGAGAUAAGGGACUCGUCGAGAAAAGGAGCUAGAGUUUGGCUUGGGACUUUUGAAACAGCCGAAGAAGCAGCUUUGGCUUAUGACAAGGCUGCUUUGAGAAUCAGAGGCCCCAAGACAUACCUCAACUUUCCACUUGAAACAGUAGCUAAGGCUAUGGGCAUUGACUGCUCCAAAAAUGACUACAACGUUUUAUCCACCACAACUUCGCAAGGGAACGACACGUCUUGCACAUUUGUGGGAAGCAGUGACAAAGUUCCAGUUAUCCCUAGAAAAAGGGUAUCAAGAGAUUGGGAAGUGAACAGUGAGUUGACAAUGAUGGAACAACCUGGACUUAAGAGAAUGGCUUGCGUAGAAGGAUUGUUUCCGAAUGAUUUCGACGUGGUAGAAUUUCAGGACCUAGGGAGUGACUACCUGGAAAGUCUGCUGUCCUCUUCAUAA